ACUAGAAAGUCUCUCGAUUCGCUCACUUCCGGGGGCAGGGACUACGCUCGUGACUCGGCGCAUGCGCCCUAUGAGCGAAUAAGCAGCUGAUCACUGCUGCCUGCCAUUGAAGAGAAGCGGAAAGAAGUGGUUCGGCUGCCCCCGCCCGCCACAGGUAAACGGGCAAGAUGAACUUUUCCAAGCUACCCAAAAUCCGAGAUGAAGAUAGGGAGAGCGUGUUUGGCUACGUCCAUGGAGUCUCAGGACCGGUGGUCACUGCCUGCAACAUGGCAGGGGCAGCUAUGUACGAGUUGGUACGAGUUGGCCACUGUGAGCUGGUGGGAGAAAUUAUCCGGCUGGAGGGUGAUAUGGCUACUAUCCAGGUGUAUGAAGAAACCUCUGGUGUCUCUGUAGGAGAUCCUGUACUCCGUACUGGCAAACCCCUCUCAGUGGAACUUGGCCCUGGCAUUAUGGGGGCCAUUUUUGAUGGUAUCCAGAGGCCUCUGACAGACAUCAGCACUCAGACCCAAAGUAUCUACAUCCCCAGAGGUGUCAACGUGUCGGCUCUGAGCAAAGACCUCAAAUGGGACUUUUCACCUUCCAAAAACCUACGGGUUGGCAGUCACAUCACUGGGGGAGAUAUUUAUGGAUUGGUGAAUGAAAACUCCCUUAUCAAACACAAAAUUAUGUUGCCCCCACGGAACAGGGGUACGGUAACAUAUAUUGCUCCACCAGGGAACUACGACACAUCAGAUGUUGUCUUGGAGCUGGAAUUUGAAGGUGUGAAGGAGAAGUUCACUAUGGUCCAGGUCUGGCCUGUACGUCAAGUCCGUCCCGUCACUGAAAAAUUACCAGCCAACCAUCCAUUGCUAACUGGUCAACGGGUCCUUGAUGCCCUCUUCCCGUGUGUACAAGGCGGUACUACUGCUAUCCCCGGGGCCUUUGGCUGUGGAAAGACUGUGAUCUCGCAGUCUCUCUCCAAGUACUCCAACAGUGAUGUUAUCAUCUAUGUAGGCUGUGGAGAACGAGGAAAUGAGAUGUCUGAAGUACUCAGAGAUUUCCCAGAGCUCACAAUGGAAGUUGAUGGCAAGGUAGAAAGUAUUAUGAAGAGAACAGCCUUAGUAGCAAAUACCUCCAACAUGCCCGUCGCUGCCAGAGAAGCCUCUAUUUAUACCGGAAUCACGCUGUCUGAGUAUUUCCGGGACAUGGGUUACAAUGUCAGUAUGAUGGCUGACUCCACUUCCCGAUGGGCUGAGGCCCUUAGGGAAAUUUCAGGGCGUUUAGCUGAAAUGCCAGCUGACAGUGGCUAUCCUGCCUACCUCGGUGCUCGUCUGGCCUCGUUCUAUGAGCGAGCUGGCAGAGUGAAGUGUCUGGGGAACCCCGAGCGAGAAGGGAGUGUCAGCAUCGUUGGGGCUGUAUCUCCCCCUGGUGGUGACUUCUCGGAUCCUGUCACAUCUGCCACUCUGGGCAUUGUUCAGGUGUUUUGGGGCUUGGAUAAGAAGCUGGCUCAGCGCAAGCACUUCCCGUCUGUCAACUGGCUGAUCAGCUACAGCAAGUACACACGGGCCCUGGAUGAGUAUUAUGACAAGCACUUCACAGAGUUUGUCCCCCUGAGGACAAAGGCCAAGGAGAUCCUGCAGGAAGAGGAGGACCUGGCGGAGAUUGUGCAGCUUGUGGGGAAGGCUUCCUUGGCAGAAACGGAUAAAAUUACCCUGGAGGUUGCCAAACUGAUCAAAGAUGACUUCCUGCAGCAGAAUGGCUACAGCCCUUAUGACAGGUUCUGCCCUUUUUAUAAAACAGUGGGCAUGCUUUCCAACAUGAUUGCAUUCUACGACAUGGCGCGCCGAGCUGUAGAGACCACAGCUCAGAGUGACAACAAGAUCACAUGGUCCAUCAUCCGAGAAAAUAUGUCUGAAAUUUUCCAGAGACUCGUUUCCAUGAAAUUCAAGGACCCAGUGAAAGAUGGCGAGGCGAAUAUCAAGGCAGAUUAUGCUCAGCUCUUCGAGGACAUGCAGAAUGCAUUCCGUAGCCUGGAAGACUAGGCUUUACCCCCAUUCCAAUGAUCCCCUUCAGUUUAAAUUUCUCAUCUCAGCCCCUCUGCUUCCCUACUGUGCAAGACUGAAAUGAGAGAACCUGAGUUUAUAACAGUCCUACAUGUCCUAGUUCAUACUCAGUAGGUCUUUAUAAAACAUUCCCCUUAGUUUGUUUGGCCUGUGUGUCUGAAAUGGUGGGUGGAGUAAGUGUGAAUGGGCCUGAGAGAAAGUGAGGAACUGCAAUUGUAAACUUGUAGGGAGGGGGAUUCUCCCCUCCCCCCACUCCCAAAUAGAUAUGAUCUCUUAACAGCCCGGCUUUUGCUUCUUGGGGGAAGUAAACCAAAUAAAUUGUAGUGGCAGAGGAGGUGAGACUCUUAGUGCAGUGAUAUGGUACAUUCUGAGGUGGUGAUGUUAAGGGCAUACAGGCCUAGCUUUUAGCUAGUGACUAUCAUGCAAAGAAUGGGCAUUUCCCCUGCUUUGAAAUAGGAUUUAUUCAAUUUUUCCAAUAAUGAGCUGCUACUACCAAUAUAUAGUGUCUUCUUUGGUACAGUUCCCCUUCUAAACCUCCAGUUGAGCCUGUAUUAAAGCAAGUGUAUUACAACACAGUAGUUGUGGAACUCUGCAAGGUGUUAACUAAGAGGAGAAAUGUGAAAGCAGCCGUCAGUCUGAAUUUGAGAAGUAGCAUUUAUUUUCCUACCUAAUAUUUAAAUAGGACUGUUGGACUACACUUUAAUUAAAAAUCAAAGCCAUAGCUGCUCAACUAUCAGCAAGAAUUUUAUCCCCUUGCUUCCCACUUCCAACAGAAAAUGGCAUGACACUCCGCUGCUUCAGCUACUUUGUACUACAGGACAAGCUGUGGUGAUCCCAUUUGUACAGAGCAGGAAUCCUAUCCUGCCUCAGUAGCACGCUGCAUGCCAUAACAUUUGCCUUCCUAGUACAAUGUUGAGGUCACACCACAUGCUUCCAAAACUUUCCCUUAAGAUACCUGAAUUUGAUUUGUUUGUCCAGUUGUGGUAUGCACGGUCCUUUUUAGAGGGAAUGUUCAGUACUAAACUUUCUUGUUGGAAGGUUCAUUGUGAUCCCAAGAGGAGCUGUGACUUUCUUUUUUGCACUGCACUCUGGAGGUGUUUUGUGUCUUCAAAGCAUUCAGAGCUACUGCUUCUUGCCAUUGUUUAAUAAUGGCAGAGCCGAUAUGUGAUGAGGACUAAAUACAGAGCAGCUUUUUGUCAUUAACCUGCUAGAGCUAGAACUUACCAUAUUGCUUCACAAUGGGAGAAAUUAAUAAGGGAGUUGGCAACCUUUUUGAUCUUGUAUUUCAGGAGGAAUUAAACUUUUUUUUUUUUGCGGGGGGGCACACAACAUUAAUCCCAGACUUAUUCCAGCUAAUGCCUUUCAGCUGUCAUUCAAGUUUGAACAGCAAUGGACCAACUUCUGCUGCUUCCUGUGUUAUGCCAACUCACAGUUUGGCAUGGAGCCCAGCUGACACUUUAAAAGGCUCUUCAAAUAUUAACCUCUUUGAUCUCUCAAAAUAAACAAAUUAAAGGUAUUCAACCUAGUGCUCUGGUGGUGAAUGGCUGACAGUUUUACAGUUCAUUUAAUUUCAGUGUAUGCUGCCUAUUAAGCAUGGUCAUGUAUAAAUGAGUAGUCGCUAUACAAGCCCUUACCAGAAUCCUCAUUGUUCAUACCUAUCACAAGUGUACUGUGUUUGUAACAUUCCAUGCUAGAGGACAGAUGUUCUAUUUCUCUAAAUUAAUAGAGGAUGUUAUAAACUUUACAACAUGUCUAAGAUAAUGCAGUUGUAAUAUUUAUUGUGCUGUACCUGGCCCUAAAGUGUGACCAGUUCAAAGUUGCAUAUAUAUAUAUUUUUGUUUUGUCUUGUCUGUUUUCAGUGUUGAAAUUCUGAUGUUUCACUGUGUUGCUACAAAUUUUUCCUCCACACAUGUGGAAGGAAUGGAAGGAAUGAAAGGAUGGGUAAAAAAACAAAUCAACACCUGCUCUUCCUCAUAUUUCAUAAUGGAUGUUGCUGAAAGUUGUGCAAAACUGUUCAAGUCAAUGAGAAUAAAGUGGAUUUAAAGUA